AGAGAAAGAGAGAGAGAGAGAGAGAGAGAGCGCGUUUUGUUGUUUUAAUAUGAGCUUCCUUGGAUUGGUUUGCCUAAUGAGUGCAAUUGUGACGCAGUGUUGUGUUUUAUCAGUGCCCACCCCCAGCAGAAUUCUUUGCUUAAGAGGAGGCAGAUUUCCACCUCCUGAACACGGCUCUGGACUCGUGCUGAUGCUUCUUGGAGCUGUCUUGAGGGCUCCCCUGUGCUGGAGGGAAUUCUAUCCGAGGACUGCCUGUGACAGGACACCACUGCUGUACCAGUUUGGGAGCAAAAUAUGGAAUGUUCUUCACUGCUGACUGAGUGCAGGCAAAUGAACAGUAUUUAUAGUAGUGUGAAAAUCGGCAGUUAGCAGUUUCUUCACAUUCUAACACUACCAGAGAGAACUCAUUGUUUACAAGAAAUCUGCUUUCCAAAUCCGUUACGGUUCCCUUCAGCCUUGACUAUUAACUAUUUGCAAAGGGGAAACUGAUCUACGCUUUGGGGAAAGAUGGCAAUGGAAGAGUACCUGUGGAUGGUCAUUGUGGGUUUCAUCAUUGCUUUUAUUUUAGCAUUUUCAGUGGGUGCAAAUGAUGUUGCCAAUUCUUUCGGGACUGCCGUGGGCUCUGGUGUAGUGACUUUGCGCCAGGCUUGCAUUUUGGCUUCAGUUUUUGAAACUACUGGCUCGGUACUGCUGGGAGCAAAAGUAGGAGAGACGAUUCGGAAAGGUAUAAUUGAUGUUAACCUGUACAACGACACUGUGCCGCUGCUGAUGGCAGGAGAAGUCAGCGCGAUGGUUGGUUCUGCUGUUUGGCAGCUGAUUGCAUCUUUCUUGAAACUCCCAAUAUCGGGGACACACUGCAUUGUAGGUGCUACUAUUGGAUUUUCCCUCGUUGCAAUUGGCACACAGGGAGUUCAGUGGAUGCAGCUUGUCAAGAUUGUUGCCUCUUGGUUUAUUUCCCCACUGUUGUCUGGCUUGAUGUCUGGAGUACUUUUUGUGUUGAUUAGAUUCUUCAUUCUAAAGAAGGAAGACCCUGUGCCCAAUGGUCUUCGUGCACUUCCAGUGUUCUAUGCUGCUACCAUUGCUAUUAACGUGUUCUCCAUCAUGUACACAGGGGCACCAGUACUUGGACUGGUACUGCCAAUGUGGGCUAUUGCUCUAAUAUCACUCGGCGUGUCCUUAGUAUUUGCUGUCUUAGUUUGGAUUUUUGUAUGCCCCUGGAUGAAGAGAAAAAUAGACAGCCGGUUAAAGAAAGAUGCUGCACUGUCAAGGAUAUCAGAUGAAAGUCUUGAUAAAAUUCAAGAUGAAGAAACACCAGUCUUUAAAGAGCUUCCCGGUGCCAAAGCGUCUGAUGAGAGCUCAGUUCCCCUUACUGGCUCAGUAACAGAAGCUGCUGGGGCAUCAGAUACUAUUGCAAAUGGAAACCAUCCACGUGUACCUUAUGGAAGGGCCUUUUCUAUGACGCACACUUCUGUGAAAUCCCCUGUCUCUAAUGGCACUUUCAGCUUUGAUGGCCAGGUGAGGAGUGAUGGCCAUGUCUAUCACACUGUGCACAAAGACUCAGGUUUAUACAAAGACUUGCUACACAAAAUGCACCUGGACAGGUCCACUGAUGAGAAGCCUGCUCAAGAGAACAACUACAAACUGUUACGACGCAACAAUAGUUAUACCUGUUAUACAGCUGCUAUCUGUGGCAUGCCUGUGCAUUCCUCAUUUAAGGCAGCAGAUACAUCAACUCCUGAGGACAGUGAGAAGUUAGUAGGAGACACGGUGUCCUACUCUAAGAAACGAGUUCGCUAUGACAGCUACUCCAGCUAUUGCAAUGCAGUGGCUGAGGCAGAAAUUGAGGCGGAGGAGGGUGGAGUGGAAAUGAAGUUGGCCUCUGAACUCGCAGAUUCUAACAGGCCCCCAGAAGAUCCUGUGGAAGAGGACAAGGAAGAGAAGGACACGUCUCAGGUCCAUCUGCUUUUCCACUUCCUCCAGAUCUUAACAGCCUGUUUCGGAUCCUUUGCCCAUGGAGGGAAUGAUGUCAGCAAUGCAAUUGGUCCACUUGUUGCACUGUGGCUAAUCUAUGAACAAGGUGGUGUCAUGCAAGAAGCAUCAACUCCUGUCUGGCUGCUGUUUUAUGGAGGGGUUGGGAUCUGUGUGGGUCUCUGGGUCUGGGGCAGAAGAGUUAUCCAGACUAUGGGUAAAGACCUCACUCCAAUCACACCCUCAAGUGGAUUCACUAUUGAGUUGGCUUCGGCGUUCACAGUUGUGGUAGCUUCCAAUGUUGGACUUCCUGUCAGUACUACACACUGCAAGGUGGGCUCUGUGGUGGCCGUUGGCUGGAUCCGCUCCAAGAAAGCUGUUGACUGGCGCCUCUUCCGCAACAUCUUCCUUGCCUGGUUUGUGACUGUCCCAGUGGCUGGCUUGUUCAGUGCGGGGAUAAUGGCACUGCUGAUGUAUGGUAUCCUACCUUACGUCUGAAGGGCCACAAACAGGGGAAGUAGCCAAGCUAGCAUCAAGGAGAUACGCGUUCCCAUGAAAGGACCGGUCGGAGAGAAUCCAUCUUCCAUAUCUAACUUCUUAUCUACUGUACAUAACUAUGUGUCAUAUUGGUGACAUGGUGAUGUGGUGCCAUUCUUAUGUAUUAAAUAAAUAUAUAUGCAUAUAGUAGGUAACAAUACCUAAGUUAUAUUAUUAGUGGGGUGAAAAUAAUUGCCUAGAAUUUAAUAUUUAGGAAAAAAAAUUGUACAUAGUAUAUCAUUUUGGUGGCAAUUUUUUAAUCUUUUGAAGAGAAGUAUGGAUUAGGAAAUGUUUCUUGUCCAUUUGAUAUAAGAAGCGAGGUACAAGACUGCGUAACACAUGAAUUUUUUUAAAGCUACUAAGAUACUGGAACAAAAUGUGCAUAAAGUGCUUUUCAUAAGAUAAUUGUUCAUAUCAUAUUGAUCUUGGUGUAUCAUAGCAUAAUGGUUAUGUCUUUGUAAAUACUUACAAACAGUAACUCUUAAAUGGUGCAUUUCCCCCUUAUAUAUUUUGGAUAAGAAAGUUUAGGAAGUACCAAAGAAGCAGGGGAAAGAAGCUUGCCAAUAGUACAUUCUUGUCUACACGUAUGGAUGUGUGUUGUGUUUCUUCACCUCUAAUUUAACACUAUUUUCACCAAGCUACCAACAGCCAGGCUCUUCCCAUCUUAAUGUAACUAAAAACAAAACAAAAGAAAAAAGCACACAAAAAAAGUUUGUUCUACUUGUUGUUGCUUAGUAGGCAGAACACUGUUGUCCACGCUAGCUGGCAGUCCACUGACUUUGUUUCGUGAAGUGUCUCACUUCUUACUUUCCACCUUUCCCUCAAGCCCCGGUCCCAUAGCCCUGCCAUAAGUCUCAGUGCCAGCACAGACCAUCAGUCUUCUCUGUCUCUGUCCAGUGAGCCAUGGCUGCCUGCCUUCUGGUACAGAAGUGGGGCUGCCUGGCGUGGCUGCGGGGCCACAAAACCCACUCAGCCCCACUCUUAUGGCUAGGGGCUUUGGCUAUUGGCGGCCUGCACUUGGGAUGCAAUUCCUCAUGGCAGCUCAGGGGACUUGACACAGGAGGUGGUGAGCUAAAUCCCUGCACAGCUUCGGGAAGCACAUUUGGGUGAAGGUUACUGUUUGGUGGGUGGGAGGCAAAGGGCAAGGGGUGUCUGGAAGAGGUUUGGCAAUCUCUUACUGUUUAAAUGCUGCUAAAAUUUUGAUAAACGGUCUUGGUACUCCAUUGUGACUUUUCCAUUGGUCAUUCAUACUAAAUUUAUAAUAAAAGAUAAACAGCCCCAAUCA